AUGCCAACAGAAAAUGAACAAGUAGCGAAUGAAGAGAAUACUGAACCUUCAAAAUUAAAAUCAAUAUUGCGAAAUGGAGUUCAAAUUGUGGUAGUUGAUGAAAGUUCUGCAAAGGAUAGGGAAUCACCUCAAAAAGUGCCGUUUGAAUUGACUGUGGAAGAUGAUCAGAAUCAAUUAAUUAACGGAUUCAAGGAUGAUGAUGGUGCCGGCAGUUGUUUCCAAGACUUGGAUGACCAACACUUGCAAAUAUUACCAGACAACGACUUUCAAAGCUCACUCUCAAUUAACGAAUCUCAGGGUUGUCAAGCAAGAGAUGAUGUAAUUAUUGUUGAUCAUUUACCAAUCCCCCCAGAUGGAGAAUACGGUUGGGUAGUUGUUGCUGCUGCUUUUGUUUGUAAUUUAAUUGUUGAUGGAAUUAGUAAUGCUUUUGGGCCUUUUAUGGCUGCUUAUCAAAAAGAAUUUGGUGCCAACAAAUCCGCUGUUUCUCUUAUUGGAUCGAUUCUAAUUGGAAUGUAUUUACUCUCUGGCCCAGUUGUAGGCGGUCUUCUAAACAAUUUUGAAACUCGCCGUAUUGUUGUUUGUGGAGCCAUUAUUGCUUCAUUAUCUUUUAUUCUUUCUACAUUUUCACCAAAUAUUUUUGUUUAUUAUUUUGUUUAUGGAAUUCUUGGAGGAAUUGGCUUUGGAUUUAUUUAUUUGCCAGCAAUUGUGAUUGUUAGUCAAUAUUUUGAAGCAAAGAGGGCAUUAGCUACUGGAAUUGCUGUUUCUGGAAGUGGUGUUGGGACUUUUUUGAUUCCUCUUUUGUCUAAAUAUUUGAUUGAAUCUUUUGGUUGGAAAAUAGCCAUAUAUUGCCUAGCUGCACUUAUUCUUCUCUGUGUAUUUUGUGGCCUUUUAUUUAAACCUUUGCCAUUGCCAGAAUUUGAUAUUGAAAAACAAAACAGACUAGCAAUUGAAUUAAAACAACAAGCACUUUUAGCUGCUUUGAGUAGAGCAGAUGAUGGAGAUGAUGAGUGUAAUUCAAAUAUUUCUGAUGAAGUUACAACAAAUGGGGGAGGUGUUUCUCCUGUUAAACGGUCAGCAACUACAAGAACAUCUUCACAAUGUACAAAAGAGGAUGGUCAACCUUUACUAAUGAAUGGACUUGAAGGUGGAAUUGAUUUAGGGAGAGGAGAUGAAAAUGCUGAUGAAAUGGUUUCUUCCUCCCCAUUAACACCUCAUCGUCCCCCACUUUCUCCCAUCCCUGAAAGUGGAAAGAGAAGAUUAAGCAAAAGUAGAGCUGGUUCUGUACAACAAUCACACGCUGAUGGUAUUUCUGGUCGACAUCCAACAGUCGUUUCAAAUCGAACUAGAAAGCCUACAUUAACUAGUAUGGCAAGUGAUGCAUGGAUGGGAAGUAGCAAUCAACUUCGCUUAAGCCGUGUCAACCUCAACAGCCAAUUGUCACGUGUUUCAGCACGUUCAUACGCCCAAUCACUUAGUAGACUAAGCCAAGCACCACCUCAAUCAAUCAAAGGCGAAUCAACACUUUCUGUUGCUUUGAGUGGAGCUGAACCAAAAGAAUUUGCUAGGCCUUUAUCUAGACAUGAUAUUUUCCUUCAAGGAAGUAUAAGAAAUUUGAAGGAAUUUGAAAGCGAAGGAAGCAAUUAUCAACGUUAUAGAGAAUCUCAAAUUUCAAUUCCAAUGAUUAUUGCGGCACAAAAUUUAUCUUCUUCACUUUCACAUGCUUGUGGUGAUAUGGUAGAAUCAAGCAAUAGAUUUGGUGGAAGUCAAUAUAGUAGAAUAACUGGUGGGGAAGGAACAGAAUUUUGUGAAGAUUUGGAAGGACAGCAACAAGAUACAAGACCCAAAACCGGAAUAGAGGUCCAGCUGUUACUCUCCUCUCUUCAAUUAUAUUUUUUAUUUUUCAGUCGUUUCAAAUUUAUUCCACUUCCAAUUCGCCAAGCAAUCUCAGAAAUGGUUUCUCUUUCAUUAUUAUCAGAUCCUGUAAUGGUUCUUUUAUGUAUUUCUUCAAUUUUUGGAAUGCUUGGAUUUUACGUUCCUUUUGUAUUUUUAAUUGAAUUGGCUGUAUCUGAAGGAAUAUCACUUUCUGAGGCUACUUUAUUACUUUCACUUAUUGGAAUUUCAAAUACUUUUGGCCGUGUAUUUUUUGGUUGGAUGGCCGAUAGAAGAUGGGUUAGUGCUUUAACAAUAACCAAUUGGUCUUUAAUAUCAUGUGGGUUGCUCACAGCAUUUUGUCCAUUAUUUCCAAAUUACCUCAUGUUAAUUACUUAUUCUUGUUUGUUUGGAUUUAUUGUUUCAGCCUAUGUUUGCCUUACAUCAAUUUUACUUUCUGAUUUACUUGGAGUUGAAAGACUAACAAAUUCUUUUGGUAUUUUGGUUGUUGCCAGAGGAAUUUCUUCCCUUUUGGGUACUCCAUUAGCCGGUAUAGUAUUUGAUUUGACUCAAUCAUAUAUUGCUGCAUUUGUUUUUGCUGGUUCUUUAAUUGUUAUUUCUGGAUUAAUUAGUUGUUGUAUUUAUUUUGUACAUCGUUAUCAAAGAAGUCAACUUAGAAAUGAAGGUGAUUAUGUAGAACCACAAAAGAAGACAUUUAUUCCAUUAGAACAAGCAGAUGCUACAAGUGGAAAACUUUCAGUUUUAACAGAAAGAAGUGAGGAAUAUUUGACAGAGUAUCAAAGAACAAUUCAAAGUAUUCAUCAACAAAAAGCUUUGCUACAAGAAUUGGAACAAUAUAAACAAAGAAAUUUAAUUAAUGAAGAAGGGGAGGAAGAAGAUGGAGAAGGAGAGGGUGGAGUAAGAACAGGGGGAUGUGAGCAGGAAGAAAAUUUACUGGAGGAAGAAGAAGAAAAUAAUUUUAAAAAUAAUAAAAGAGACGAAGCUGAACAAAUUAUUAAUCAUGUAGAAAAUAAAAACAAGGAAAUUGACGUUGGAGAUUGA